UCAGAUACCACUAGCUCUUCACUCCCCCUCACACGCUCACUCACUGACAUACACAAACAGACCACUCCUCUCGUGUCCCCUUUCUGUCUUCAUUCCGUUCUCCUUCUCUCUGCUCAUUCAUCAGGAUGCAUAAGAAAGACGCUCUCGUUCAACGCCUCUCACAUAGCAGAAAAUCUUUACAUUACGGGCCAAAACGGGCUGCUAACGUAUCUCUGAAAUGCUUACUGACAACAGAAUAUGACUUCCUUUGCCGGUGUGAGUGAGUAGGAGGGCUCACCGAGAAAGGAAAUACAGACCAACUCGUGCGUUAUUGCUACGUUUUCUGCUGAAUUUGUAUUCUAGCUUACCGGUAUUUCGUUUUGUUGGAAUGAAAUGUUUUGAAGAUGAUAACAGCGAUAAUGGCUUCAGAUAAAAUGAAGCUGGACAUUGCAGUUACAAAACGACGGAGAAAUGGAUUGAUGCUUUUCGUCACGGUUUGCAGUGGUAGUCUUCGAUUCAGUUGAACUGUACAUCAGUCGUCAGGCGCAUCACUUCGACUAUCAUUGUUAUUCGCUUUUUAUUUGAGUACUUUUAGUACCUUUUUGAACAGCAUGCGGGUGCCCUGCCGCGCGCUCCUGAAGGAGACUAUCUUUAGCGCAACUGGAAGGCUAGCUGCACCAUGGCUUGGCACUCCUUGAAUUCUCACCUUUAUUGAGACUCCAGCGACCAACGGCUCGUUUUGGAAUUAUAAUUGGAUUCUUCCUCAUUCAUUUUACGCACUCAAUAACUAAUGGACAAUUAUUCAACUAUCCAACUGCAGUGUCUGGAGAUGACAACCAAGAGGAAGCUGAUCGGCCGCCUGGUGCCCUGCCGAUGCUUCCGUGGAGAGGAGGAGGUCAUCUCCGUGCUGGACUACUCCCACUGCAGCCUGCAGCAGGUGCCUAAGGAGAUCUUCAGCUUCGAGCGAACGCUGGAGGAGCUCUACCUGGACGCCAACCAGAUUGAGGAGCUUCCCAAGCAAUUAUUUAACUGUCAAGCCCUUCGAAAGCUCAGCAUGCCUGACAAUGACCUCUCCAGCCUGCCAACCACCAUUGCCAGCCUUGUAAACCUGAAGGAGUUGGACAUUAGCAAAAAUGGUAUUCAAGAGUUCCCGGAUAACAUCAAAUGCUGUAAAUGUCUAUCAGUUGUUGAAGCCAGUGUCAAUCCUAUUUCCAAGCUCCCAGAUGGGUUCACCCAGCUCCUGAACCUGACACAGCUCUUCUUAAACGAUGCCUUUUUGGAGUACCUCCCUGCCAAUUUUGGGAGGCUGUCCAAAUUACGCAUUCUGGAACUUAGAGAAAAUCACCUGAAAACCAUGCCGAAGUCAAUACACAGGCUGGCACAGCUGGAGCGAUUAGACUUGGGAAGCAAUGAAUUCACUGAGCUGCCAGAAGUCCUGGAGCAGAUACAUAACCUGAAGGAGCUGUGGAUGGAUAACAACUCACUGCAGACAAUACCUGGGUCUAUAGGGAAGCUGAGGCAGCUGAGGUACCUUGACCUGGCCAAGAACAGGAUCGAGACCUUGGACUCGGACAUCUCGGGGUGCGAGUCCCUGGAAGACCUCCUGCUCUCCUCCAACAUGCUGCAGCAGCUGCCUGAUUCCAUCGGGAUGCUGAAAAAGCUGACGACUCUAAAAGUAGACGACAACCAGCUGACCUCACUGCCAAACACCAUCGGAAGUGGACGCACCAAAUUAGGUUUGUCACUUUUAGAAGAGUUUGACUGUAGCUGUAAUGAACUGGAGUGUCUCCCCCCCACCAUCGGCUACCUGCACAACCUCCGAACUUUUGCUGCGGAUGAGAACUUUCUCUCAGAGUUGCCCAGAGAGAUCGGGAGCUGUAAGAACAUCACGGUCAUGUCUCUGCGCUCCAAUAAGCUGGAGUUUCUGCCGGACGAAAUUGGACAGAUGACCAAACUGCGCGUUCUGAACCUGAGCGACAACAGGUUAAAGAAUCUGCCAUUUACUUUCGCCAAACUGAAGGAUCUUGCUGCACUGUGGCUAUCAGACAAUCAGUCCAAGGCCUUGAUCCCCCUUCAGACAGAGGCCCAUCCUGAGACCAAGCAGAGGGUCCUCACCAACUACAUGUUUCCCCAGCAACCUCGGCACGAUGAAGAUUACCAGUCAGACACUGACAGUUUCAACCCCACACUUUGGGAGGAGCAGCGACAGCAGAGGAUGACUGUUGCCUUUGAGUUCGAAGAUAAGAAGGAGGAUGAGGACAACUCUGGAAAAGUCAAGGUGGAGAUCAAUCUGAAGCGCUACCCCACUCCUUAUCCAGAGGACCUUAAGAACAUGGUGAAGUCAGUUCAGAACCUGGUUGGCAAGGCCAGUCAUGCCACAGAGAAGUGUUCCUCAGGCACCAACAUGGAGCUCCCUGGGAAGGACAAGUUUGAGCCCCAGUGGCCCAUUGCAGCAAAGGAGGCUGCAGAAAGAGAGGCCAAAGACUUCUCCCAAGGCCAGAUGACAGAACAGGGCCCCAUGCACAACUCAGCAAUGGAGAUUCCAAAACGCAAGGAGAAGGAGGAACUCACAGAGAGCUCUGAGAUUUCUUUACAUCGCGUCGUUCCCAAGCUGCCACAGCCAGAGAACUCGGCCCUGUCCGUUACAACUUCCUGUUUCUGCCUCAUAGAUUCCCUUGGAGGCUCCCCAAAUGACAUCCGCAUUUCUGACAUGAGACCUACCCUGGUGGAGCCCCCUAUGUACAAACCAAAGGUUGUUUUAAUGGGCAAAGACAAAAAAGAGUCGACAGAUGAAUCAGAUGGAGAUAAAAUGCAUUGCCUGAACAACAGUGGCUCCUCUGCCACCUAUUCAGACUACUCCCCAUCCCAGGGUUCUACUGGUUCUUCUAACCCUCCGGCCAAUGUAACUGCCUUGCAGCCCAUUGGCAAGGAUGGGGCACCUCCAACGCAUUGGACUAACAGGUUGGCCCAGUCCUUCCCCAAGCCCAUUGAGACAAAGCCAUUGCUGAGCCAGAGGGAGACACCUCCUUCUAGCACCCUGCAACAGCGCGGCGAGAGACGCCCUCUCAGUGACACCUUCGAGAGCUGGAACGACUCCUCCCACUAUGACAACACAGGGUUUGUGGCAGAGGAGCCUCCCAUGGAGACCUCAAGCAGCGGUAAUCCCAUGCUGGGCUCCAAGCCCAGGAGCAACUCCUCACACGGCCGUCGGCCUCUCAUGAGGCAGGAGCGGAUAGUAGGCGUCCCUCUUGAGCUCGAGCAGCCCUCCCACUCUUUCCACCCUGUCCGCAAUACUCCUGAAACCGAAGUGCCUCCUCCUCCUCCUCCCAACCCCUGGCAGAACUGGACGAGGACCCCCAGCCCCUUUGAAGACAGAACAGCUUUCCCGUCCAAGCUGGAGCUCACCCCGGCGAACAGCCCCAACCCGGAACGCAAGGACUUUGAGAUGGGCGAGCUGCCCAGGACCUUCCCCUCCACGGGAGCGUGGGGUUUCCUGGAUUCCCGGGAAUCCCGGGACUCCCAUGACUCCCGAGACUCCCGAGACUCAGGGACGGAGCGGGGUCACUCCAACGUCUUCACACAUGUGCAGUGCAGGCAAGACGCUGCCAAGGGUGCCCUGGUCAUCAGCAAGAGCACAGAGAGGCUCUCCCCAAUGAUGAAAGAGGUGAAGGCUAAGUUCAAAAAGUCCCAGAGCAUCGAUGAAAUAGACAUGGGCUCCUACAAGGUGUACAGCAUCCCACUAGACAGCUACAGCUCCAGCAUAGAACACCAGGGCAGUGUGGACAGGCCAGACCUCCCACCACCCAUGGAGCAGAGCAUGUCGAGAAGCCUGUCCGCUCCAAUGCUGGAUGAUGAUCUAGAUAUCUAUGGCACGGCAAAGAGCUCACAGCAGCAGAAGCCUGCCAUCCCUAAGAAGGUUUACCAGUUUGACCAAAGCUUCAACCCUCAGGGUUCCAUGGAGGUGGUGAAGCCUGAGAGAAGGGCCCCACCCCCUUUCCCAAACACUCCUGAGUAUGUCAACCAGCCAGGCAAGACCUUGCCCAAGGAGCUGGUGAGUCCGAGAGGCUACCGUGGCUAUCCCCCCAUGGAGCAUAUGUUCUCAUUCUCUCAGCCCUCAGUCAAUGAGGAGAUCAUCAGCCAGCCCAUCCCCGCCCCGAGGUCCCGGCCUGGCUUCCUGCGGAGGGCCGAUUCUUUGGUCAGCUCCACAGAGAUGGCCCUCUUCCGCAGGGUGGCGGAGGCCCAGGAGCUACAGUUCAACGAGCGAUAUGGGAGGCCGCACUUCAAGGGCAUGCUUGAACACCAGAACAGCGUGUCCACAAUAUCGGACUCUCAGUUCCACAAGAGAAACGGCCGAUAUGAAGACGAGUACUCAUCCUACCAGGAGCCCAAAAAGCCCAUCAUGGGAUACCCCACCAAGAGCCUGACUCAACGGCGGCCCCUGUCUGCGAGGAGUUACAGUACAGAGACCUAUGGGGCGUCACAGGCACGGCCUGUGUCGGCAAGGCCCACCAUGGCUGCCCUGCUGGAGAGGUUGCCUUCAGAUUACAGCCUGAGCUCCUGCACAGAGAAGAGUAUUGAUGGAGACAUGAAGCUGCGGUCUAUAAUGCAGAAGCCUGAAGACCCAACCUCCAAAAUGCCAGUGGACUGGAGACAACAGCUGCUUAGACAUAUAGAAGCUAAAAGAUUAGACAGGAGUGCUGUCCUUAAGCACAACACAGUAAACUUCGGCAUGCUGUAUUCUGGACGCUAUGCUGCACCGCAUGCCAGCAGAAGCAUGACAAUAAACUUUUACAAUAACGCAAAGCAUGAAAACCAAACGACACAGUGGCUACCUCUUCCAUAUACCCCUUCGCAGCAGAGCAAUAUCUUAGAUAAUGGUCAGGAGGAGGUUUCUCCCACCAGCCAAUGGGCCCCAUACUCGCUGGGCAGGAGGGACGUACCCCCAGAUAAUAUCAUCAAAAAGCUUCCUGACUCUUUGCCUAACGGGUUGAAUUACCCACAGGCAGGUGGCCACCCCAACCAAACACAGACAAUGAUCGUGACCUCAGCGUCGGCCACGCCCCCGCACCGCUCUGCCCGCGAGCAGCAGUACGAGGGGGCCAUCAACAAGAUCUCCAUCCAGCAGUACCAGUCGCCACUGCCCAUGCCCAUCUCGGCCACCAGCCCUCGUCCUCAGAGUGCACGCUGCCUCAUUCAGACCAAAGGGCAGAAGAGCAUGGAUGGAUACCAGGAGCAGUUCUGUGUGCGCAUAGAGAAGAACCCUGGCCUCGGUUUCAGCAUCUCAGGGGGAAUAAGUGGGCAGGGAAACCCCUUCAAGCCAUCAGACAUGGGUAUCUUUGUUACUAGGGUACAGCCUGAUGGACCUGCCUUCAGCGUGCUUCAACCUGGAGACAAAAUUCUGAAGGUAACGGCGUUCUCCAUCACUGCACACUGCUCACACCUUUGUGACCACGCGCUCUCCACAACAUCGCCAGUAGAGGCUUUGCAUGUGCCAUUUGACUCUGGUUAUAUGUGCAUUUACGGAACGUGCUCUGUUGUUUUGGUGUUGGUCACACUGCCAGUAUGUCUGAGUUGUUCUUCAGUCAGACACUUCAUUGUGCAAUCCAUGUUCUAUGUUUCACUGGGUCGAAAAUAGUAGCCCCACUGACGUCAAAGAAACAGAACCGAAUGGUUUCCAGCAAGAAAGCUGUCUUUUUGUCAAGUAUUGAGUCAUCUAAAAUGUGACCAGUACAUUAGAACAUUAUUAAGAGAGCUUUUAUAUCAGUAGUCUUCCACAUUUUCCACAUUGCAGUGCAACUCGAGUGAUGCUGGAGUUUCUUGUCCUUGUUAAUGUUGUGUUUCAUUAGUCUCAGAUGUCCCUGUGUGUCCCUGGCUUAUCCUUUGUACAUUUUACUCCCACUCCUCCUGAAGGCAGUAAAAUGUUGCUACAUUUUAUUGUUGAGGGUCAAGGGUCAACACCCCACCUCCACUGCAUGAUACUGUCCAUACAGGUGUAUCAUUCUUACAGAGCAGCUUGCUCAGCGUGUGCACUGUCUCACUCACUCUAUCACUCUCAGCUCACAUCUUUAGAGGGGCUGAGAAGAGCACCGUUGUGUGGGAAGUUGUAUGAAUAAGAUUUAUCUACAUAGCCAUCUUGUCCCCUGCUCUCAAGUGGAUAGUUCUUAAUUUUAAUUGUGUCCUUAUGCAAGUGGAGGAUACUUAAAGCAUAAGCAUCAGCAUGGAUAGUAGAUUGGCACUGUAGCUGAUUUACCUUGAGAGUGGUGGCUUUGUGAGCAAAAUGCAUGGUGCAUGUAAAUCUGCCAUUUAGACAGUGUUCAUCUUUGCUUUCAGUACAAAACACCCAGCACCAUGUUCUAUGUGAAUCAGGUUUUCUAUGCUAAAAUGACCACAGGAGUUUGAUCACUCCCUGUUGUCAUUGGCGUGUCUGGCUUCUGUGUCGCUUUAAAUGUGCGCUAGUAGAGCCCCACUCCCAUGCCGUAGCCUGCGGGACCAGGCUCCUCUCUGCUCUCUCCACAGAUGGAAGUGUGCGCUGAAAAGCAGAUCUCUAAAUUCCAGCUUCUUCCCCUUCUCUCUCCUUUACAGCAUGACUCCUCCUUCCUGUGUCGCUCUCUCUUUCUCUCUCCUUCAUUGACGGUGUUGUGUUUCCUUAGCUCCAGUAAGCUAGGCCUGUUCCCAGUCUCUCUGCGCCUCCUGCACUGCUCGCCCUGCCCCCCCACUCCUCCCUCUCCACACCUGUUCACCAUGUGCUUCGUUUUUGCAUUGCAGGCCAAUGGACAUAGUUUUUUACACAUGGAACACGAAACCGCUGUCUCUCUACUGAAGAAUUUCCAGAAAACUGUGGACUUGGUAGUUUUGAGGGAGAGCACAACCUAAAUAUUUUUAUAUUACACCAUGACUUCUCACACAGAAUGAACACUGAAAUAUGUACACUUUGUCCAAACCUGUUUUUAUUUAGGAACAGAAACGUUUGCCAAUUGCUGGACCAAUGGCAAAUACUUGUGCCAAAUGUAAAAUAGGAGACAUAUCUUAUGUUACAAAUGGAUAUAAAGGACACAAAUGUGUUUAAAUUUUAUGUUUAUGUGACUGAAAUUCAUUUAUAUCUAUCAGCCUGAGGCUGUAGAUUGGUGCAGAUGUUUUUUUUUUGUUGUUUAUUUUGUUUAAUUUUUAAUAGAUAUUAUUUCCUUUUUUUGUAGUUGUUCAUUUCGAUUUAGAGCAUGAAAGCACACUAGCUCCUUAGGAAUUACACUCACCAUAAACACUGCCUCAACGCUGUAUAUGCCUUUUGUAAAUAUAAAUAUUAAUAUAAAGACAAAAUUAAAAGUUGAGGCCUGAGUGAAGAAUGCUAUCGGAAAGAAUUUUAUAUAAUUUGUGAAACAAUCAGUUUCCUUUGGUGACCUUUAGGUACAUUAAAUAAAUAAAAAAAUACAUUCAGAAAUAUAUAAUUUUAAAAUGGUUAUACCCCACAUUUCUUUGCAUUUUCUGUUUAUUUAAAAUGUAGUACUUGCAUUGAUCAGUGCAUUAAGUCACUGUAUUAGAUAUUUAAGAUUAGUGAUGAGAUCUGGAUUGCACUUACAGAGCUGGAAAUUUAGAAACCAAAGCAAUACCCUUACCAGAACAAAUAAUCAUUAUACUGCCAAGCAGCACCAUCUGCUGGUAGCCCCACUGACGAGUUCAGCUGCAUCGUUUUAAAUCCCUAAGAUGUCUAUAUUUAGAUUAAUAAGAGCACUGGGGUACUUUAUAAUACACAAACAUAAAACAUUUGUGUUUUUAAUGACCUCAUUCUUUGUCAGUUGUCUCUUAUUUUCGUGGUGGUACCUAUAUGAUGAACGGGUAUAAGAUUCACUGUAGUAGUAUCACCUGUCAGGUAAAGUUCACAGUUCUAUAGACAGCUGUGAAAUGGCACUCUUUCAUUAUGCACACCAAAGCUGCUACAUAUUCCAAAACCUAAAGGAAAAAAAAUUAAUCUGCUCCAAAAAUAAUAUGUUCCUCUCCAAUGAAGAUCAUAAAACCUGUCCCCCCCCCAUUUUUAAGGUUCAUAGGCAAUACAUUUUUAACACUGCAAUUAGCUGUGCAUGGCAAAACUCAGACAUUAUGGCAUUAUGGAGUUUUUAGUGUCAGAGUCUUUAUUUUCUGAUACACUGCAUUGGAGAAUAACAUCACUAAUGCCACUUUUAAGUUAACACAGUUCAUGCAGAUUUGAAAAUGUCACAACGCUGUGUUGCAUUUGUCAAUAUGCGUGGGCUAAUUAGAUUGAAAGCAAAGCGCUCCUAUUAUACCGUGUUUCAGAUGAAAAAGAUCUAUCUGCAGUCUUCUGAACAGUGUUCCAUGGAGGUCACAAUGCUCGUACUCAGUUUGUUUAAAUGGGUCUGUGCAACAGAGGUCCGCCCCACUGUUUCAGUGGACUUCUCUUAGAAAUGGAAACAGGGCCUGGAUUCAGAAUCCAGAUGUGCGCAAAAGCAAGAAGUCUCACAAAGCCAUGUCUAAAUAUGGCAGUUUAUUCGAAGUGCAACAAUUUCCAUAUAUCACAAGUUGUCAUCUUGCUUUUUGUGUUUAUAAAGUGUACUUCAGAUUAUUUUGCUCAGUAGAUGAUCUGUUACCUUCAUAUUCCACAUUUUUAAGUCAGCCGAUAUUGUUAAUGCUGAAGUAGCAAUAGAAUUAGUUCUAGCAAUUAGAACUGCUGUUCUGCAAUUAGGACAUUAAAAACGUUGACAUUAAUUCACUCUCAAAGCCCACCACAUAGGCAUUUCAGUGAAGCAGAUGAGUGGAUUUCCAUUCAAAGCUGUUACAGCAUGCUUUCUUUUAUAUUUGUCUUUGUGUUGGACAUUUUGGUUUUUAAGUGAUGUAUUAAACAGUUUUAUGAAACGUAUAUCUCAAACUUGAAAAACAAUGGUCUUUAGUGUGCAAAGAUUAUUAGUAUUGCGAACAUUUGUGCCACAAUAACAGAAUCACAAAAGAAUCCUGAAAACUUUUCCCAAUUUUUAAAAAUGGAAACAAAUGUAGCAUUUAAUGUGGCAUUUUUGAGCAAAUCUAAGCACUGAAAGACAGCAUAUGAAAAGACCUUGGCUGAUUUGUGCCUGGCUAAGUUGGCAUAAGGUAGUGAGCUACCAUCAACCAAAUUUGGAAAAAGUUCAUUUCAGAGUUAGAAAAUGUGACAUAAACCAAUAGGAAGUUUGAUAUAAUUUCUUUUUUUUUUUUUUACUAAACGUUUUCUUGUAAUUAUUUCUAAUAUAUUGAUAUACUUAGCUUUGCUCAAAUUGUGAACUUUUAUAAGUAUGGAAGGACAAAAUGUAUUCAGGAAAUGAUGCAGAAAAGAUAUAGUAUCUGACAUGUAAAGUUUAUUUCUACAGUAAUGUGUGAAUUUGUGUUAUAAAAAUAUAUAUAUGUAUAUGAAUAAAAUGGUCAUUUUUGUAUGUGUCAAAAAUAUAACUAAAUAUGAAAAACAAAUACAUGGUACUUUUCUGUCUUCUUGCAGUAUCGAUGUAAAUAAUUGUGAAUGAAAAUUUAAAUAAUUCAUAGAUUGUGAAUGUACUCCAAGCUUCUGCAGUAUGAAGACUUACUGGACUUGAAUGCUGCUUCUUCUUUUUUUGUGCAAAAAAAAGUAAUUUCAACUUUUAAAAUGUAUUGUUUAGUUGGACAAAUUUUGUGCGAAUUUAUUAUCCUGUUUAUUGAUUUGCACAUGCAAGUUUAAUCCUUCCAGUUUUAGUUCUGUAUUGACACAAAGACAUGUAAUUGGUUAAGUAUAUAUUCUGUGUCUAGAAUGCAUUUUGCAGAUGCUAUCUGUAUAUAUUUAAGAUGACUUUUAAUAAAAAUUAUGGAAAUAUAAAAUGCUGUGCAGCAAAUAACAGAGCCAUUUUCGGCUUUGGAAGUACAUUUUUUCAGUAUUUAAGGAGUGUUUUGAAUAAUGUAUGAAAGUCUAUUGUACAAAUAAUAAAAAUGUCACUUUAUUGUUAAA